CAUGCGGGGUCUUGUCUUCUUCUUCUGUUGCCUUGUGGCUCUGGCCACUUGCCAAGCUGCUCGUUAUGAUCUCACCCUGAAUUAUAGGAAAACCUACGAGUACAAAUAUGAAGGACAAGUGAAAUUUGGAUCUGGCAAACCCAACCGAGCCGAGUCUGGCGCGAGGAUAAAGUGCAACAUCAAGAUCUUUGGUGAAUCUCCACAAGUAUUCAUUCUUCAGGUUUCAGAAGUGACCUUCGCAGAGCUCAAUGGCAUCUCGGGGAAAUGUGAUUUCAUUCAACGCCCCAGGCUCAGUCAGCGUCUUGCUGCCCAGCUCGCCAAACCUUUCAAGUUUGAGCACAUCAACGGCCAUGUUCGGCAAAUCCAAGCAGCACCUGACGUCACUGAGACCACUGUCAACAUUGUGAGAGGGAUGCUGAGUUUCUUCCAUGCAACUGUCAAGACCUCACCAACAGUCUAUGAGCUGGAGGAGGCUGGAAUCCAUGGAGUGUGUCAGAGCAACUACGCUACUGAAAUUAACAAGCAAACAAACAACAUGAACAUCACUCAGGUUGUGGAUAUCGACAACUGCAGAAUUAAAGCAGCAAUGCAAAAGGGAACCGCCCAUGCUGUCCUCGACAAAGAGACCAAACAGAGAGGAGAAUCUAUGAUUUCCACUAUGCAAUACCUUUACACCAUCCAACCAACAGAAGAGGGCGGCAUGGUCAAAAGUGCUUAUGGCCUCGAGCAACAGCACUUUAGCCCCUUCAAUGUGAAGCGCGGUAGUUUCAGAAUGGAAGCAAAGAAGGAAAUGGUACUGAUUCGUGUGAGUGAGGGAGGUAAACCUCCCAACGUCGGGCAAUUGCAAAACAGGGGCGACCUCGUGUACAAAAUAGUGAACUCCGACGCUAACAUCCCUCUUGUGAUGCAGGACCGCACACAACCAAAAGCAAAGGCUCUUACAAUGAUCAAACAGAUGGCUGAGGAUCAUAAAAACCGGAUUAAGAAGGAAACAACUGAGAACACCUUAAAGGUGUAUCAGCUUUUGCGAAUGCUUCAGGACAGGGAUUUGGAUGAGAUGUGGGUGGAACUGUCAAAAAACAAUGAACACAGACGCUUUUUCUUGGACAUGGUUGCCGAGAUCAACGACGACAGAGUCCUCAAAUUCCUGCAAAAGAGAUUUCAGGCAAAAGACGUGACUGCAAAUGAAGCUGCGCAAACCCUUCUGAUUGCUAUGAAUCAUCUCCAGCCCAGACCUGAGCUGGUUGAGAAGGCUAAAGAAAUAAUGAACAUGGAAUUCAUCAAGUCCCAUCCUCGUUUGUGGCCUCUUGCCGUGUUUUCUUUUGGCUCUCUGGUGUACAAACACUGCGCAUAUCAUUCACCAUGUCCACAAGCUGCUGUUCAGCCACUGCUCGACCUUGCCAAUGAGGGCCUGAGAAACCGCAAUGAAACUAAGAUGUUCAUCGCUCUGAGAGCUCUGGGCAAUGCAGGUCAUCCAGGCAGCAUUAAAACCAUCAUCAACUUCCUCCCUGGAGUCGCUGCCAACCCCGUAGACGUGUCGUGCCGUGUGCAGAGCGCUGCUAUGCAGGCUUUGAGACUGACAGCUCGCAGAGAUCCCCACAAUGUCCAAGAGAUUGCCAUGAAAGUGUUCCUGCAAAAGAACUGUGCCCCUGAGACAAGCAUGAUGGCAAUCAUGGUCAUGUUUAACACAAAGCCAUCAGCGGCUCUUGUCUCCACACUGACUGCACAUCUAGAGAGACAAAAAGACAUCCAUCUCGCUAGCUUUGCAUACUCUUACUUGGAAAAUAUAGCUAGAUCCAAGACUCCAGACAAUCACAUUAUGUCAACUUACUGCAGUCUGGCUGUGAAAAGCCUCGCUGCCAAAUUUGGACGUCUUAGCUACAACAGCAGAUCAUUCCAAAUGGACAUGUUUGAUGAUGAUUUCCUGAUGGGGGCAUCUGCUUCAUUUAAUUUGUUGGGAGGUCCAACAAGCGUCUUGCCCACUGAGAUCAUAACCCAAACUAAGUAUUUUUCCAUCGGUAGAAUUAAGAGGCUAAUGGAGUUUGGUAUCCGUGCCGAAACAAUCAAGCAGCUGUUUGGCCCCAGCAUUCCUGGAUUUAAAGGCGAUUUUAGCUUCAGCGACUUUCAGGCCAUUUACAAUGUCCUUAAAAACUGGGAAUCGCUGCCAAAUGAUAAGCCGAUCAUUUCUGCCUAUUCACGCAUGUCUGGACAAGAGCUUUUCUUUGUAAACAUCAAGAAGGAUCUCCUUGAGUACAUCAAAGCGGCUGUUAGUCCUUCUGCACCUAAAGGAACCCCUGUGUGGGCUGCCAUUGAGCAAUUGGAAAGAGGACUUUCAUGGCAUUGGACGAAGCCUUUGUUGACUAUUGAGGUUCGUUUGUUGCAAGCUACCACCCUGGGUUUGCCAGUGGAGAUUGCCAAAUAUUAUCAAACACUCACCGGGAUCACCAUUAACGCUAAAGCUGCAAUAAAUCCACCACAAGCUCAGCAUCUCGUAGACCUGAUGAAUGCAGAUAUUUCACUGGAAUCUGAGGGUGUCGUCGGAUUCACAAAAGAUUUCUGGUUUUUCCACGGGAUCAACACAGAGCUUUUCCAGUGCGGUACAGAGAUGAAGAGCAAAGCUCCCGUUGAGCUGCCAUGGAAGUUUUCUGCCAAGCUCAAUGUUGGAAACCGAGUGUUCGAACUUGACAUCCCCGCUUGUAAAAAUGAGUUUGAACUCAUUUCAUUCAGCUCCAAUCUGUUUGCAGUCUCAAGGAACAUUGCAAAUCUACAAUCUCCUAAAAGGACACCAAUGAUACCUGAUGAAUUUAACCCCCAACAGAAGCCAACACCAAACAACUGGUGUCCAAAGGCAAAUAUGUGUGCCAAGAGCAGCAUGUAUGGAGUGGGUGUCUGUGUGGACUAUGAAAUCAGGACACAGUAUUAUAACAGCGAAUACCCCCUCUACUCUAUAAUGGGAUUCACCCAUGCGGCCAUCAGAGUAGUCCCAGCUGAGGCGACCAAACCUGUGGAGAAAAUCCGCUUCGAGAUUAAUGGCAAACCCGCCAGUCAUCCAUUGACCAUCCGCCAUCUGUAUGAGACUAUGAGGACGAUUGCAGAGGAACGAUCAAAUUCCGCAUCAAAUGAACGAGAAGCCAGUAACAGCCAAGAAAUCAUGAUGGAUGCCACACCUCAGCCUGUGGUCAGCAUCAAAGCCAUUGCCAUGAGUGGUAACCAGAACCUUGAGGGUUUCGAUGUGACCCUGUACAACCCAUCUGUAGGAGACACUCUGAAGGCCCAAAUGAUCGUGUCCCAUGUCGGAGACGCCGCCAACUGGAAGAUGUGUGUCGACGCUUCUGCACAGUCUCCUGCAAAUGUUAAGGCAAUGAUUAGUUGGGGAGCUCAAUGUAAGCCCUACAAAAUAUCGGUGAUGGCUGCUGCACAGUCCUCUGCUCCCAAGCCGACACUUGAAGCCAAAGUACAGUGGGCCAGUGUGCCAGAAGAGUUGGUGAAUUACUGCUCCAGAAUGGAAAGAUACAUCCCAGGCAUGGCUUUGCUUUCCGGCUUCAACCAGACAUGUGAGAGCAAUGCCAACCAGGAGGUUUCUGCAUCAAUUGUAUGUGCCUCAUCCGACAGCAUUGAUGUGACCAUCAAACUUCCAAAGUAUACAGUCUCUCGUCGGGCUGUUCCACUUCCAUUUACAUCUACCAGUUUCCGUGUGGAAAACACAGAAAGAAACGAGCAAGCCUAAAAAUGUAAGGACAUCAGAGCACAGAUGGGAGCCAGAUGCCUCGUCUCACAGUGAUAACAGCGCGACCAAAAGCUCACCACAGUGAUGAAACCGAGGAGCAUGAAAAAUGUAUCAGCAAUCUGUUAGAUGUCACCAGUUUGGAAAUAACCUGUAAAGAUCCUGAUUUAUUAAUUUGAAUGCAUGUUAUUAUUUGAACACCAUCAGCUGAACUGUGUGAAUCCGUACCUACGAGUACGCCCACUGUGCUUGAGUUACACUUUGUUUUUUCUGAUUCUGCUACAAUAAAUGUUUGUGCAUCCA